UAACAAUAAACAAAAACGAUUAUGGCUGUGUUCUUCUAGAAACUAGAUUCUAGAUCUAGAUGUCAGAUGUAGAUCGAGAUUCUAGAAUAUAUAGAUCUAGAUCUAGAUCUAGUAAUAAAGACUAGUACUAGAUCUAGUAGUAGGCUCAAUCUACAGUUUUAAGCCAAGAUGCUUUAAAAUUUAACACAAUUUAUCCCUUGAUAUGAACUGUGUCACUUACUACUUUAUGCAGCCAUGAGUGAAGAAGGCUUUAGCAUUAACACAAAUGAUACUGGAGAAAUCUCUGCAUCAUUCAGCCCCAAAAAAAUGCCACCAGAGAGCCCUGCCACACCCAGCCCUGAGUGUGAGUACACUGAAUCUCAAAGUUUGGUCAGCGUGGGACAAGACAAACAGAAUUUGUCAGUUUGGCAGGAUGUAGAUUUACGAGAAGGCCAGAAUCUCACAGAUAAAAGCAGCACCAUUGUAAAUGAUGAAUUUGGGGAUCCAGUGUCGAGGUCAACACCUAAAAUAAAACAUUCCACUUCUGCUGUUCUGUCCACCUGCACAUCAGACCGCGCCCCCUUGUUGAAAAGUCGGUCAUCGACAACAGAUUCAUGCAUUGGCUGUGAUAUUGAAACAGAGUCUGAGAAUUCCUGUGGUUUCAGUGACCAGCUGGACGGGGAAGGUUCUGAGUGUGGUGGGUUAACUACUGUGGUCAAGGCGCUGGAAGCAAGCAAGGAAUAUCUCAUGAUGCCUGGGACAAUUUUAGUGCCGAUUGUAGGCCAUGAGACAAUGGAAGCUCGCUCGAAAUUCACGGUUUUCAAAAUCCAUGUAACACUAUCAGAAGAUGAUUUGGGCUGGUUUAUUUUUAGAAGAUAUUCAGACUUUUGUCAUUUAAAUGAUCAACUUGCUGUCCUCUUUCCUAACUUUCGUCUCGCUUUGCCCCCAAAGCGUUGGUUUCGCAGCAAUUUUGAUGCAGAAUUUUUGGAGGAAAGGCAGCUAGGUUUACAAGCUUUUCUCAACAAUGUCACUGGCCAUAGGGAUAUAGUCAACAGUCAACCUGUCCGGGACUUCUUUUGUUUUGAUGACCCACCUGGUCCCCAUGAUAGCCUGGAGGAGAGUCGGGCACAUUGUGAAAGCAUGGAAGAGAUGGUAUACAGACUGCGUAAAGAACUGACAGAGAAAGACACAGAGAUGAACUUACUGCAGGAGGAACUAGACCUGUACAAGAACCAGGUGGUGCUGUUGACAGGCCGAGUCAAUGAGCUAACCAAACUGUUGAGCAAAGAAAGAACCACUGAAAAGCGACGUGUAUCAACUGGCACUCUACGUUAUGAGUCGAUAUAUAAUUCUGGGGAUUUUAUCAAGCCAAGCAAAAUUGAUGAAGCAAAAAAUGAAGAUCUAGCCAGUGAAAGUCCACAAACCACAGAAGUCACCUAACUAACUUGACCUGACUACCACAACAGAUUGUUAUGACCUCGUGAUGAACACAAGCGCCUACAGUUGUAUUUUUUAAGAUGCUUUAGACUAGUAUACAAUUUAGUGCCUUGUUUUACACAAUCAUUCGUCCUUUAAACAGAACAUCAGCAACUGCACUAACAGUUUUUUAUAGUGCUUUUGUUAUGGUAUGAAGUAUAAUAACAGCGUAUUGUUUUAUAUUUUAUAAAAAAGUAGUUUUGUUUUUUGGUUGUGACUUAUACAAAGAAAUUGAUGUAGCCACUAACCACAGGAUCCUUGAAAAUAAUUAUUUUCUGAGAAUUGGCAAUAUAAAUAUAUACCUAAACUUACAGCUAAAUGUAUAUUUACCGUAUAUUGUUAUUUAAAAUUUUUAAUGAUUUUUUUUACAUAUUAAGUAUAUUACCCAUGAAAGAUAAAAAAAAAAGCAAUAGUUUAAAAAAGUAGUAAUGAUGAGUUUUAUUCCCAUUUAAUAUGUACAGCCAGUGUUCAUUUAAAAUAUCUUCUUCAGAACAAAAAUCUCUUUAAUUGGAUUUGAUUUUAACUUGACUCUUGACCAAUUAGGUGUCAAAAAAAUUUUAUUUUUAUUUUUACAUUUCUUGUCCACUUUUUAAAAAUUUAUAUUUUCUAUUGGGAUUGUAAAUUUACCUUUGGUAAGGUUUGGUUUUUGUAUUUUUGUAAAAGGUUCAACCCCAUCACUCCCGUUCUGUUUGUUUUCUAAAAGAUUUGUUUGCUGCUUGAUGUCCUUAGCUUUUUUAUUAUUUCUAGUCAUACCAGAUACAUAACUAAUGUACCCAUGUUACUUUUUUUCUUCUAGUUAUUAAGGUCUAAUAAUUGCUAACAGAAAUUGUAUUAUUAAAAAAAAACUACUAUAUUUUUAUUAACAAUGCAUUUACUAUAUAAUAAUUAUAUUCAGAUAUUAAAUAUUUUAUCUAAAUAACAUAACUAGAAAUGAGGUAUAA